AUGGUGCGCCACAUCUACCGGGAGAUGGCCGAGGCGGCCGCCGCCAACCCCAGAGUAGCUGGAGAUGGAGAGAAAGAUGCGCUGCCCCACUCCAGCUUGCAGGUUUACACGUACACCUGCGACGUGGGCAAAAGAGAAAACGUCUACUCGACAGCUGAGAGGGUCCGCAAAGAGGUUGGCGAGGUGUCCGUCCUGGUUAACAAUGCUGGUGUCGUCUCUGGGCACCAUCUCCUGGAGUGUCCUGAUGAGCUUAUUGAGAGGACCAUGAUGGUCAACUGUCAUGCACACUUCUGGACCACUAAAGCAUUCCUUCCCAAGAUGCUGGAAAUGAAUCAUGGACACAUCGUGACAGUUGCAAGUUCCUUGGGAUUGUUCAGUACUGCUGGAGUGGAGGAUUAUUGCGCCAGCAAAUUUGGAGCUGUAGGUUUCCAUGAGUCUUUGAGCCAUGAAUUGAAGGCUGCUGAAAAGGACGGAAUUAAAACAACUUUAGUCUGCCCUUAUCUUGUAGAUACAGGAAUGUUUAGAGGGUGCAGGAUCAGAAAAGAAAUUGAGCCUUUCCUUCCACCCUUGAAACCAGAAUACUGUGUGAAGCAGGCUAUGAGAGCUAUCCUUACAGACCAGCCAAUGAUCUGCACACCCCGCCUCAUGUAUAUGGUCACCUUCAUGAAAAGUAUUCUGCCUUUUGAAGCAGUUGUAUGCAUGUACCGAUUUUUGGGAGCAGACAAGUGUAUGUACCCUUUCAUCGCUCAAAGGAAACAGGCUACAAACAACAAUGAAGCAAAAAAUGGAAUUUAACACUGUUUUGGAUGGACUAACAUUUAUGGGUGAAUACGAUAGUUACAUGACUGAAUUACAAAGUGCACUUGCAUCUAACAGAUGCAAAUGUCAACAUCUUACUGUGGCAUUCUCUUGGGUCCUAAACCUGUGUAUUGAACUCUAAAAAUCAAUGGUUUUUUAUAUACUGUAAAUAAAACUGACUAGAGUACUUGGAAAAUGUGAUAGGUAAGCAAAGUGAAUUUACAAUGUAGCUGCCGCCAUUGUCCUUUAGAAUAUCACUGUAUGUACAGUAAACUAGUCAUACUACUUCUUGUAGGGAUGCACUGUGUGAUCUCUUCCUCAGCCUGCCAAGGCUUAUAAGAGCUGUCUCCAACUAGAAGAUGGAAUGUUUCAGAAAUUGUUUGUCUUUCCCUAUGUUAUUUAUUUGGGAAGAGGGAGGGAGGGAAAUCUUGAGAUUUAAGCUACUGCUCAUGACCUUUCAGCAAAUUCAAGGACAAUUUCUGAAUGCAUCUCUUCACUUGUUCACCCAAGCUCUCUAAAGGACACAUGGCCAAAUUGUGGUGUAAUUCUCUUUUGUAGCAACUGUGUGUGUUCUAUUUAAACAAAGAUAAAAAGAAAUUUGUAAAUCUCUGCCGAUUCAAAGGCAAGUGAAUGUCUCAAAUACUCUCAAAGCAAACGUGUACUGGGCAUCUGGUUUUCUAGGAAUGCAGUCAAUGACUUAAACUGACUUUUUUCAAGUCACUUGAUUUGAAAUAUGCUCUGUUCUGUUUCCCUCUAUAUGUCAGAGUCCAACCUACCGUUAUGGACUAUAUGUUUCUUUUCUUCCUCCUCAUUCUUACUUCCGACAGAGUUCUCCCACCCCCCGAGGAAGCUGUUGUAUUAAAUUUCUGUAACUGGACUUGUGCCUAAAAGACAAAGCAACUCAGCUGAGAUACAAACUGUUUAUGUAAGUGCUGGUCAUAUGCCAAUUAUUAGUAAAGGAAAAAUAGAAUAAUGCCUGAUGCAACUCUACAUGCAGAAUAUGGAAGGGUGUAAAGAUUUUUUUGAGUUGUACUCACAUUGUAGAACAGCAAAUGACAUUUUUACAGUAUUUUUUGUAAAGCGAACAAUUUUGUGCCUUGAAUUUGGUAAUCUGUAUUAGUGAAGCAUUGUAAAAGUGAACUUCUACCUCUGUAUCUUAAUGUAUACCAUCCACUUGUAAACUACUAUCGGACAAAUUGUGAUUACUUUUUUAGAAUGUCUUGUUAAAUAGUGACUAAUGCCUGUGGUUAUUAAAGUGAGCCACCUUUUCCUUAAAACA